AGUACUCCUGGAAAUCUUCUCGUGAACCCCAGGUUGAAAACCCCUGUUUUAGUAGGAAAAUAUCGGAGUCGCAAUUUUGAAUGGGACAUAGCCAUUUUAGUAGGGACAUAGCGGGCAUAUGGGACAUACCGUAGCCAUUUUAUAACUACUCUCUCGACGAAGGGCUGGUACCGUACCCAGUCAAAAGUAACGCUUAGGCGUUCAGUCAGCCAGCAUAAUACGCGAACAGAACACUACGGUGCAUGUUCUCGAUAGUCGUGACUAGUGACUCCCGACGGCUAGGGUCCAUCUGCUGGGAUACCACAAUCGGGUUGGAGUCAUGAUGGGUGUCAUGGGCCUGGUAGCAGUCCAGGCACUUCCACUCAAACGUGACCUCCUGUUUUUUUAAUAGCCUGUACUGUUCCCUUGUCAUUGCCACACCUGAAUUAUUAAAACAUUUGCGAUGAAACCAAUUUCGACAGACGUCACAGAUGAGUCCCUCCUGCUUCAUGGAAACGUCGUCGUCACAUCUCUUGCACGUAUUUGGAGUCAUCUUGAAUUCUUGCGUAGUUUUUGUGGAGUUAAUAUACCGUUAGUCGUCCUCGUUUCAGUAUAAAACUGUAAUGAAAACGACUUCGGCUAAUGAGUAUUUACGUUUGUAAGGUGUCAGGCCGGCGAUAAUGAGGCUUUGAACUCGGCGAUAACUGAGCAGUAAUUUAGGCGCGCGGCUUCAUUAUCACCUAUCUGGCACCUUAUCUAAUCUCCGUGCAUGGAUAUCACUUCACUCAGGCCAUCAUGAAGAAUGUGCGUCACAAUAAUUUGGCUCGCCUAUACAACAAGGAGGCUGGAACAAGAGACCUGAUCAAGCAUGUCAUGACGCUGUGCUAUAUACCACCUAUGUUUAUUACGUCCAGAUUCAAAUCACUGAAAGAAAAGAUGCAAACUCAAGAACUUCGCCGAAUAUUUUCAAAACACAAGCUAUACAACAGUGUCUGGACUCCCAAUGAUUGUUUAAUCUCAACAAUGUACGAGGUAAGUAUAGGGAUAGAGGUGGACGUUGUGGAGAUUUUGGAAGAGAAUGUUGUGGGGCGUGUCAACGGCAGGUAUGCGGAAGCCAACGAGAGGGUGCAACGUUAUCUGUGGACUCUCUUCUUCGGAGGUGUUCAAGGAUCUACGGGCCGCAGUAUUGCAAAGAGUAAGUAUGUAACGCAGCAAAUUUCCCAAAACGUUUAGUAUUCAAAUAAAAUUCAUUAUUCGUAAC